AUGUGCAGUCUGUGCAGCUACGCCAGCAGAGACACCUACAAGCUGAAGAGACACAUGAGGACACACUCGGGAGAGAAGCCAUAUGAAUGCUACAUCUGCCACGCCCGUUUCACCCAGAGUGGAACCAUGAAGAUGCACAUCCUGCAGAAGCACACAGAGAACGUGGCCAAGUUCCACUGUCCCCACUGUGACACAGUUAUCGCCCGCAAGAGUGACCUGGGUGUCCAUCUGCGUAAGCAGCACUCGUUCAUUGAGCAGGGCAGGAAAUGCCGUUACUGUGAUGCUGUGUUCCACGAGCGCUAUGCUCUCAUCCAGCACCAGAAGUCCCACAAAAAUGAGAAACGCUUCAAGUGUGACCAGUGUGACUACUGCUGCAGACAAGAGCGCCACAUGCUGAUGCACAGGCGCACGCACACAGGAGAGAAGCCUUACUCCUGUAGCCAGUGCGAGAAGACCUUCCGUCAGAAGCAGCUCCUCGACAUGCACUUCCGGCGCUACCAUGACCCCAACUUUGUGCCGACUUGCCUUUGUGUGCACAAGUGUGGCUUACUAGUGACCCUUUACUAAAGUAAAAUACUCAAAAUUGCAAAAAUAUAAAAUUUUUCUAGUUAUUUACCCUUUUACAACCUAAAAAACCAAUUCAUAGCAAAAACAAACAAUGAAAUGACAUAAAACCAAAAACACCCCCAUUUGUUUUAAAAAAAAAAAUUUUUUUUUUGGGGCUUUUUUUGCCGAACCCCCCCUUUAACAUUAAAAAGAAUGGCCCACUGAAAAUGAGCUUUUUUUAUAUAAAUCUGGUAUUAAAAAGAGCCUUUGCUUGCUGAGAAAUUAGUUUUAGGAUGUGGGCCUGCCUUCAGGGAGUCUGUCUGGGAAAAUGUAAAGUUAAUAAGUUUUGGCCCAAAGGGCCUUUUAAACAGAGGGCCCCUUAUUAAAACCAUUUAAAAACUUUGUAAAAGGGCAAUUUCCCCAGGGGGGCUCUUUUCAAAGCCCCCCGAAUAAGUUUAAAGUUAAACGCGCAAGGGGUACGAAAUUAAAAAAAUUUUUCCCGGCCGGGGGAUUUAAAACUUUUAAAAAACGCUUUAAACCCGAGAUUGGGUUUUGGGGAUGGGACAUGUUGUUUUUUUUUUGUAAAAACCAGGGGGGAAAUUUUGUUGUAGAUAAAGGGGUUAAAACCUGGUAAAAGGGGGGAGCCUGGGGGGGAACUUUUUUAGAGGGGCCAGGGGUUUUGGGGGAAUGGGGACAUUGGGUUAAUUUGUUGGGGGAAUAAAGGGGCCUGAUGGGGGGUAAUUCUGUUGGGGGAGAUGAGGGAGCCUGAUGGGGGGGGGUAAUUCUGUUGGGGGAGAUAGGGGAGCCUGAUUGGGAACUUCUGUUGGGGGGGAGAUGAGGGACCUGGGGUGGGAAAAUUCUUUUGGGGAGAGGGGGGAAACCGAUGGGUGGGUAACUUCUGUUGUGGGGGAGAGGGGCCUGAGGGGGGGGGUAACUUUUUUUUGGGGGAAGAGGGAGCCGAGGGGGGGUAACUUUUUUUGGGGGGGGAAAAAUGGGGGAGCUGAUGGGGGGGGUAACUUUGUUGGGGGGAGAUGAGGUGUGGAGUUUACUUGAUUUAUAGAGGGCAUAAUCUUGACCCGGGUUGUUCCAGGUUCUGCCAAACCCUUUUUCCAACCCCUCUCUGUCCAGAGAAUGACAUUUCCCGGCCUUUCACAAAUCUAGUGCCGUCUCCAGGUCUGCCUUGUUUUUUUUUAAAAAGGGUCUGGGAAAUUAUUGGAAGGGACGUUGUUUGUUGGUGUUGGGGGGUGGGGGAGCUGUCGCAAAGGUUUGUGACGGGAGGCUUUGACUUUGCCCAAAAAAGGGGAUUUGAGCGACUAAAAAAUGGAGGCCCCUGGGGGGCAAUUUGCUUGGGACUAUAAGAUGGAGGGUAACUGGUAUCGGGCCCAAAUCACAGAAAAUCGUUCAAAAUAAGGAGAAAGCCUUUUGAUGGGGGCCAUGAAUUUGUUUUUGGUGUUUUUUGGGGUUUGUGGGGAGAAUUUGUGGCCUUGUUCAAGUUGCGCUGGGGUUCAUGUUGGUCAAGGUGGGGGGAGGGUUUACCAGUCUGGGUGGGGAGGGGCAUUCCCAGGACAUUUCCCCUCUUUUGACAAAAUGGCGCAGAGGAAUGUACCGUACGGAGGUGGGUGGGGGGAACCGCAUGUCUCUGUUGAGGAGGGCUGGGGGGUUGGGGGGAUACAGCUUUUCUUAACUUUUAACUUAAAAGUUUUUAGCAGACGCUCUUACCAGAGCCUUCAAUUGGGUGCAUUAAACUUAGGAUACCCAGUGGGACAAAAUCUCGAUCAAAUAAGUAAAUUUUUCUUUAAACAAUCAUGCUGGGUUAAAAUAAUCGGGUGUUAUUUUUAGACAAAAACAUGGUAAAAAGGGGGGGUAAAAAAGGAUAACUAUUAUAUUUUGCAGGAUCCUUUAAAGAGGGGGGGUUUCAAGUGUUCCGGAAGGGAUCAGUGACUCCGCUGUCCUGGCGUCGUGGGGGAGUUUCCCCCAUUGGGGUGCCAGGCAGCGAACCUUUACGGGUGAGGGAAUUGUGUUUCUAAGGUGGGGGGGCUAGCAGGCCAGAGGUGGAUAACGUGGCCCCUUUUUGGGUUUUGGGUUGAUCAAGCCUGAAGGUAAAGGGCCGUUCCCCUCACAGCCCCGUAGGAAAGCACCAGGUCUUGUAGAGAUGCGGCUUAAAACGGGGAAGCCUGUGGAGUGUGCGGAGGGGGGCGGGGUGACAUGAAAAAAUUUGGGAAGGUUGAACCCCAGGGGGGGCCGCGCUUCGGGGAUAAUUUGAGGGGUUUAAGGCCGCGGGGAGCCCAGCCAACACGAGUUGCGUAUCCAGCGGAAUGCAAUGCCUGGAUUGGUGUGCCGUUUUCUUGUUGAAGCACCGGUUGUACCCGGGAAUGUUGGAAAGAGAAUGAGGUGGGCACCAUUUUGAUUUAGAGAAAAUGAAAGGGGUUGCCUGGGCAGCCAAGGUUCCUUUCCUCGGGGGAGGAACCAAAGGAUUCCUUUUGGGCGAGUCAUUGGGGGGCAUCCUUCCCGGGGAGGGAAAAGGCACUCCCUUGCCGAGGUUAGCAGGGGGGAAACCCAUAAAUUCUAGAAACAAGUUUGGAUUCGCCCCCUGGUUACAGAAGGGGGAAAAGGGAAAAAAAUUUGGUAGUUUUGCGUAGAAGAGGGAGGAGAAUCCCAAGACUCAUCAGCAGGGGUCUCUGAUUUCUAUGUGCAGUAUGAGGGCCUGGCAGCGCUGGGCCCCACCAGAGGGGGGUUGGUCCCCGGGGCAUGGGUAUGGGGGGGCCCCAUUUCCAAAAACCAGACCCCUUUGAGGUAUACAGCAGGCUAAGGAGACUGAACCUGGGGCUGCCGGGGGGGGAAAACCCCCAAAGAGUCGGACACGGGCCCGGGGACAAACGUCUCUUAGGCUGCGGGGAGAGAGUCAUGGGGGAGGUCCAGGAGGCUCUGCCUGCCCCAUUGGGAGGGGGCGGAGCAGCCGGGAGGGCCACCAGUUUCCACCACUGCAAGUGACGCAGAGACGGGGAUGGCAGGAGAGCCGGGGGAUUACUGACUUUUAACCUCGACCCUGGGGGAUUGAGGAGGUGGGGGGUAAGGUGUGUACCCCCUAGUGUAAAGGGUUAGACACAUGGGAGCUUAGGGAGUAAAGGGGCAUCGGUGGCAGGGGGGGUGGGGGCUGAAGGCAUGGAAAGGUAUAGGUGGGGGGGUGCCUAAACUCCCAUGGGGAGGGUGGUCCUCCGUGGGGGGGGAUUCAGGACCCCUGGACACCAAUGCUGGUUGGCCCGGGUGACCUGGGAUUUGGGGAAGGGGCCCGUUUCUGAAAUGACAGACUGUUUCAGGGUUUUUUCUUGUUGCCAGGGAAACCAUUACUUUUGACCCCUUUGGGGUUUAGUUUGGUUUUACAAAAUAAAACCCCCAGUGGGAGAUUUUUUCGGGAGGUAUGGGGGCUGGGGGGGGCUGUUUGUACGGCUGGAGGGGGGGUUUAGGGAGGGUUGGAAGGGGUGCUGGAGGUGUUUUGUACUGUGGUUUUGGGUGGAUUGUGAUUGUUGGGGGGGUUUUGGCAGUAGUGUUUUUUAGGAGGGGGUGUUGUGUAAUGAGGGGGCUCUUAAAAUAAAAAAAGUCGUCUCUCUCCUCUUUUAACAGAGCUCUGCACAGGAAAAGCUUGGUGGCAGUGUUAAAGAUUUUUACUGAGCUGACCCGCCCCUUGAGAGAAGGCGCUCGGGUGAGGAUUUGUCAGAGCCAAGGAAAAGGGCUCAAGUGAGUCAAGUAAGGACCCCCUGGAGCAACGGGAAAGGAGACUGGCUAGGAAGAAACACGAGCGGGAGCAGCUCCACAACGAGGAUACAUCCUUUUCCCCAGGUAAUAAACGGCCUUUUUACAUGUGAUAUGAAAAAAAAACUAAAUGUGAAACUUCAAUCAUUGGUUUCUUUUUCCCCUCCCUUCUUUUCCUCUGUCUUAGAGUUACAGCUCUCUCGGUCCAGUGUAUCUUCAGACUUCCAGAUGUUGCCCCCUCCUCUUCUACUUUGGGAAAUGUGAGAAGCUGUGUCUGAACUGAAGGAAACUGAAGACCCCUUUAAAAAGGAGAAUGGACCAAGAUCUCCAAAAGGGUGUGUUGAAAAAAUAAAAACAUCAACUUUGACCUUAAAAAGCCCCCUACUAGUCAUUAAUGGGGAAUAGGGUGUAUGAUAACAUUCCCUCUGUGAAUGUGUUGUGUGUCUUAGUGAAUAAGUGGAGGUUUUUGUACUGCCUCCAGACCCCAAGACCGAGAACGUUCUUACAAGUGAGUUCUUAUUCUAAAGUACUAACAUCCUUUUUACUGCCCCUCCUAACAACCCCUAAAUAUAAGCAAUAGUGAUCUAAUCAAAGAGGGGUAUCUUCUGACCCCUUAUUUUUUGAUUGAUCUUGCGUGCUUAAUCAAAGACGGGGUAGAUUCAGUAUCUGACUUAAUUUAUUGUUCUAACCCCCCAUGGUCUCUGCUCGCUCUUCUCCAGACCCCUGUCAGCCCACUGGACCCAAAAAAGCCAAAAAAACCCCCCUUCUUUCUGAAGGGAACAAAAAAGGGGACACGACAGACCAAGCCCAAACCUAUCCUUUUUCACCAGCAGAUUCACAAACACCUACCAGGUUCUGUGUAGAGAGGGUCUUUUGGACCUUUUUUCGGGAGGGGAGUGGAGUGGGGGGGGGGGUAUUAAGCGCCCAUAUAAAGAACAGCAGAACGGGGAAGGUGGUGGAUUUUGGAUCAAAAAACCUGGAGUUUAGUGUGCUCUGUGUGGUUUUGUUCAGACAAAAUAAUGUGUGACAAAGUAUCAGGCCCUCAGUCCCCAGAGAGGAGUGUACCUGGAUCACAAGGCAGGUCUCGUCCUUUACAGUGUCCUUUAUACAAGACCCUCCCCCAAAGAGUCCGACCACAUUCCCCCCCCCUUUUUCCUGGGUUUUAUCUCUCCAAAGUUUGUACUGUAAAUUUAGGGGGGCCCUGUUUAGUAUGCGGUUAAAAAGGGAAAGGAAAUGAUGGGGGGUUUUGGGAAACAGGGGGGAAAAUAAAGGGGGGUUUUUCGGGGGUAAAGGGGGGUUUAAUGGGGGUUUAAAGGGGGGGGGUUUUUUAAAAAGGGGGGGAACCAAAAAGGGGGGGUUUGGAGUGGAAAAGGGGGGGAAAAAUUUUAAGGGGGAAAAAGGAAAAAAUGGGGGGGGUUUGGUUUUGGGGGGGGUUUUGGGGGGGGAAAAAGGGGGGGGGUUUAAAAAUUUUUUAAAAAAUUUUUUAAAACUGGUUAGGGUUUUUAAAGGGUUUUUAAAUUUUUUUGUUCUUUGUUUUUUUGGGUUAAAUUUUUUUUUUUUUACUGGGGGAAAAAAAAUUUUUCUUUGGGGGUUUAAAAAACCCCAAAAACCCGGGAAACCCCGGGGGGAAAAAUUUUUAAAAUGGGUUUUUAAACAAAUAAAAAAUUUUUUGGGGGAAAGUUUGCGGGGUUUUUUUAAAAAAAUUAUUUUUUUUGGGGUUUUUUUUUUUUAAAAAAAAAAAUUUUUUUUAAAAAAAUUUUUUUUAAUUUUUUUUUGGGGGGUUUUUAAAAAGGUAUUUAAAAAAAAAAAGGGGGGAAAAAAAGGGGGGAAAAAGUUUACAGUAAUUGAACAAUGGGCUUUUUCCCACAAGAUGAACUGCCAACAAAAAGAUGCAAUAAUUGGGAAAAAAGUUUGGGGUUUUUUACUAUAUGUACAAGAAAUUAAAUGUCCCGGGGUUUUUAUAAAAAAAAAAGAGUUUUGUUGCCCAAAAUAUGUAUUCGAAUUGGGUUUUUUUGGAAUUGAUGGGUUUUUUUUCCUUUGACAGGGAAAAUGAAGUAGGUUUCCGUUAUUUUUAAAUAGUUAGGUUGGGGAAAAAAAAUAAUUUUUAGUUUCCUUUGUAUUUAUUAAGGGUGUUUCUUUAAAAUUUUUAAACGGAUUUUGGGGGUUGAAGGUAAUGAAAAAAGGGGGGGAAGAAACAUAAUUUUGAAGGGGUAAAUUUGAAAAAUUUAUACCCCGGGGAGAAAAUUUUCCCUCCCCCUUCCCACGAAAAUCCCAUUUUUGGGGGAAAAAAAAGAAAAGGGGAAAAAAAUUUGACGGGAUUUAAAAUUAAUAAUAUUAAUGGAAGUUUCCCCCUUGAAAAAAACAUUUAAUUUAGUGGGCCCCUUUUAAAAAAAACGUUAAAGUUGGGUUGCCCCUUUUGAAUUUUCCUUUUUUAGGUUCCCAAAAUAUUAAGUUUGGGGGCCCUUUUAAAAAAAAUUAUUUGUGUUUUUUUGGUUUAAAAAUAACGGGAAUGUUUGUUUGCCUCGGUUUUGUUUGGGAGUGGUUGUAAAAUUCAGAAUUUAUUUUCCCCUUUUAAAAAUUUUAAAAUUUUUAUUUGGGGGAAAAAAAAAAGAAAAAAAUAGUUUAAGGGGUUUAUUUCGGGGAAAGGGGGGAAAAAAGGGAGGGGGGGGUUAAAAAAUUUUUUGUUUUAAAAUUUGGGGAAAAGGGGGGUGGGGGGGAGGGGGGCCCAAAAUUUUUUUUGUUUUGGGGGUUUUCCCUUUUUUUAAAAAUGUUUGGGGAAAAAAGGGGAAAAAGGGGUCCCCCGGGGGGGCCCCUUUUUUUUUUUUUUUUGGGGGAAAAUGGGGGAAAAAAAAAAAAGUUUCCCUUUUUUUUUGGAGGGUUUUUUGCCCGGGAGAGUAAAAAAAAAUCCGAAAAAAUUUUAAAAGAAAAAAAAUUACAUUUUUUAGGGGUUAAAUUUUUCGAAAAAUGAUUAAAACUUGGGCAAAACCCUUUGAAAACAGGGUCAAUUUUUUUUUUCCACCAGGUUUUGGGCCCUUCGGGGGUUUUUUCCCCCCUUUCUUUGAAAUUUAAAACAUUAAUUUUUCCAAAAUUUCAAUCGUUAGCCCCUAAAAAUUUUUUAGGGUAAUUAACUGGGGAAAACUCCAGCCUUAAGGUUUUCCAGCCAUUUUUGGGCCCCUUUUUGGGGCUUUAGUUGGAAACCCACCCCCCAUUUUUUUCAUUUUGGGAAGGAGGUUUUCACCCAAAUUAAAUACAUGCCCCUACCCUUUUCGGGGAAGUUUUUCCCCCUUUGAGAAAAAAAAAAAAUUUUCCACCCCUUUAGGGGGUUUUCCUUGGGGUCAUUUAACACCCCUAACAACCGGGAUUAUCCAAAAUCAGGUUAUAGACCCAAAAAAUUUUUCAAGUUUUUUUUUAUUAAUGUUCAUCAAACUUCGAGGGGGGUUUAUUUCUUUUGAAAUUGGGCCCCCAAAUUUAAAACCUUUAGCUAUGGUUCCAAAAAUUUUUUUUUGGGAAAGGUCCAGGCUGGACUGGGAAAACCUCCCCUGUUUUUCGGGUGACCUUUUAAAAAUUCCCUCCCGGGGGAAAGUGGACCCCAGGGGGGGAUUUCGUUCUUUUUUUUCCAUUUUAAACAAAAAAGGGUUUAAACCCCCCCCCGGCCCGUAUUUUUAGAUUUCCCCCGUUGGCCCAAAACUUUUCCUGACCCCCUUGGGGACUUUGGGGCCCGGGCCUGGGGGAAUUUUUGAGUUUUUUUUUGGGACAUUUUUUAUAGGUAAAAAUAGUAAAGGGACCCAAUUCCUCAAUUACUGACCUUUAAAAAAAAAAACCCGGGCCAGAACCCUUUGAGAAGGGGAUCAAUUUUUUCCCCCCUUUUGGGGUUGGCCCCCCUUUUUUUUUCCGGGGUUUCCCCCAGUGUUUUUAGAAAUCAAAAAACCCUCCCCCAAAAAAAAAUUUUGGUUUUUUUUUACAUUUGGGCCCAUUUAAAAGGGGGGUAAUUUUAAACCCAGUAUAAAAUUUUGGGCCGGGAAAAAACCCAUUUUUCUUCAAAACCGUAAUUGGGGCAAUUAUUUUUUCCUUUUCAAACCCCAUUUUUUUAAAAAAAAUUAUGGGCAGGUUUAAUCCCCAAAACCUUAAACACAAUUGAAAAAAACACUACCAAUAAAACCCCGCAAAUUGUUUCUAACCCCAGAAAAAAAUUUUCUCAUCUGAGGGGACGGUUUAAAUUUGAAACCCCACUUAAAAACAUUGACAAUUUUUUUCCAUGAUACUAUCCAAGGAACAAAGGUGUGAAAGAGGGGCUUUACACAUUUUGGGGGGAAAUUUUUUUUUUCUAAUUGCCAACCCGUCGUUUUAAAGAGUGAACUUAAAGGAAAAAAAAAUGGAAAAAAAAUUUCAAACCUUAACCCAAGUUCUUGGCUUUUCCAAAAAACUCAUACAAGAAAUGCCUUUUAGCCCCCCCAGAAAAAUUUCCUUUUGAAAAAGCAAAAUACAAGCCUCACCCUGGCCGGGGGGUGGCCGCUUUGGGGGGCGGAAACCCCCCCCUUUCCCGGGGCCAAAAAAAAAUUUAAGGGGAAAGGGGGCGGAAAGGGGCAGAACAGGGUGGGGCCUGAAAAAAUGAGGUGUGCAGCGUGGUAGGAUCCAAGUAAUGGUCUACGUCCUACCCACACCAUCUUCAGAGAUAGCUGCUGCACUUGGAAAUGUUUCCCCCGCGUUGUCCAGGCACUUGGACGGACGCCCAUUGGCAAAUAGGGUUCCGCCCACGGCACCAAGUUUUGGCCAGGUUGAAGCCCGCUUCAUCAACAAAGAUAUACUAGUGAUGGUUCACAGCAGCAUCAAGCACCAUCACCCUCUAAAAAUAUAUUUUGGUUAGUUCUUUUUACAGUAUAGUUCCAUUAUGAUAUUGUGAAGUAGCAUGUGCAUUAAUAGCAACAGUAAUACAGUAUAUAGUGCUAUACCUGAACAUACUCGGCCCGCAGUUGUUUCUCUCAGAAGGCACCAGGUAAAUGUGUUUCAUAGAUACCUGGUGCCUCUUCAAAAGGCGGGUGAUUGUUGGUAGGCUGAUGGAUGCCACAUUGGCAAAGGUGUCAUCAUUCUCCUCAAUGGCCUGCUUUAUUUCAGACAGACGUAUGUCAUUCCUGGCCCUCACCAUUUCCACCACUGCCCACUCCUGCUGGUCGGUCAGCACACGAUCACCACCAUGGGGUCUUCUGUCAAUUCUGAGGGUAGAACAAGAGUAUACUGUCAGUAGAUCAUACUGGAAGAAUACUGGAACAAGUUAUGUGAAUUUACAUGCAUUACAACAUGUGCAGUCUGUGCAGCUACGCCAGCAGAGACACCUACAAGCUGAAGAGACACAUGAGGACACACUCGGGAGAGAAGCCAUAUGAAUGCUACAUCUGCCACGCCCGUUUCACCCAGAGUGGAACCAUGAAGAUGCACAUCCUGCAGAAGCACACAGAGAACGUGGCCAAGUUCCACUGUCCCCCACUGUGACACAGUUAUCGCCCGCAAGAGUGACCUGGGUGUCCAUCUGCGUAAGCAGCACUCGUUCAUUGAGCAGGGCAGGAAAUGCCGUUACUGUGAUGCUGUGUUCCACGAGCGCUAUGCUCUCAUCCAGCACCAGAAGUCCCACAAAAAUGAGAAACGCUUCAAGUGUGACCAGUGUGACUACUGCUGCAGACAAGAGCGCCACAUGCUGAUGCACAGGCGCACGCACACAGGAGAGAAGCCUUACUCCUGUAGCCAGUGCGAGAAGACCUUCCGUCAGAAGCAGCUCCUCGACAUGCACUUCCGGCGCUACCAUGACCCCAACUUUGUGCCGAAUGCCUUUGUGUGCACAAAGUGUGGCAAGACCUUCACCCGCAGGAACACCAUGGCCAGACAUGCAGAGAACUGUAACGGGGAUCCUGGUGAAGGAGAGAAUGGAACCCCACCCAAGAUAGGACGAGGUGGGAGGAAGAGGAAGAUGCGCUCAAGGAAGGACGAUGAUGACGACGAUAGUGAGGACAAUGCUGAUCCUGAGCUGGAUGACAUUGAUGAAGAGGAUGAGGAGGCUGAGGCGGCACUGCUGGAGGACGAAGAAGAGGAGGAGGAGGAGAUGGAGUUGGAGCAGGCUCCACCCACCAAGCCUAUCCCUGCCCCUGUGGAGCCUCCCGUGAAGAGGAAACGCGGUAGACCCCCCAAGAAUGCGCCCAAACCCGCCUCACCUGCCAAAGCUAGCAAGGCUACCCCUAAGGGCAAGGCUGCUGCAGCAGCAGCCAUCAUCCAGGUGGAGGAUGAGAAUACAGGUGCCAUAGAGAACAUCAUAGUGAAGAAUGAGCCAGAGGCUGAGCAGGCUGCCAUAGAGGUGGUGGUUGAGCAGUCAGAGGAGGCAGAGGCAGGGGUGGCGCUGCCUGUAGCAGAGGUUGCGUCCAACGGAGAUCUCACCCCUGAGAUGAUCCUCAGCAUGAUGGACCGGUGA